GAUAAUACAUUCCCACUGGAAAAUCUUGCCUUUUUCACCCGCUACUUGGCAAUCCUUUGGACUGACCGUUCCUGCUUUUAGCAGCCGACUAGCGGCGAACAGCGAGCAUGUCGGGUCCGAGUAGAGACGUUUUGGGGCAUGGACGACCUUCGGGUUCGUUUUCUUCAAGUCGGUUAGGGUCAAGCCACGGUUCUUCCCCUACACCGUCCUCUCCUCUAUCGUCUUCGCCUUCCCGUCAGCUUCCUGUCGCUGCUAGAGUUUCCGACGCCAUAUCUUUUGACAGUACUCUAGACUCGGAGCACGAGGCUUCAAAGACACGGCAAGGAUCUCAGUCUUCUGGGUCCUCUUCAGCCUUGGGUACUCCGCCUGUCCUUCCCAACCGAACCGUCUCCUUACAAAUGCAUCCCAACGGAGUCCCUCCAAGCGUACCACCAAAAACUAAGCAUCCACAUGCACAGCCAGGGAGUCCUCAGAAGCUGGGAGUGUCGAUAGGCUCUCCUUUUAAUUUUGAGAAAAAGCUCCAUGUUGACGGUGACUUUAACUGGUUCGGAGAAGGGAAUCCACGAGAAAUGUUUGAUAUCCAGGAAAAACUUGGAGAAGGUGCAUUUGGUGCCGUCUUCAAAGCUGUUCUGAAGCAGACAGGAUUCGUGAUGGCGAUCAAAGAAGUUCUGGUGGGGAAAUUGAAUGACCGCGAGAGCAUUCAAAAAGAGAUCAACAUGUUGCGCCAAUGUCGACACCGUAAUACCGUGCAGUACUAUGGGUGUUGUAGCGUUGAUGAUGACUCUAUCUGGAUUCUGAAUGAUUACUGCGGAGCUGGUUCAAUAUCUGAUUGUAUUGAACUAACUGAAUCGACAUUUACCGAAGCACAAAUCGCUAUUGUGUUGACUGCCGCCUUGGAAGGGCUAGCCUUCCUGCAUAGCCGGAAUAUUGUGCACAGAGAUGUAAAGUGCGCAAAUAUCUUGCUGACGGAAGAUGCAACAGUUAAGAUUGGCGACUUUGGUGUGUCGGAAAAGUUGACUCAAACGGUCUGCGUCCGGAACUCCAUAGUCGGCACUCCAUAUUGGAUGAGUCCGGAAGUCAUUACAGGAUCGGAUUAUGGAACUGAGGCCGACAUAUGGAGUCUUGGCAUUACUGCGAUUGAAAUGACGGACGGUGUCCCACCCCACUCGGAUGUUCAUCCAAUGAGGGCCAUGUUCAAAAUCCCAUUCCUACCACCACCCACAUUACUUCAACCAAACGCCUACUCCAAAACAUUCAACAAUUUCAUUGCACAGUGCCUCAUCAAGGAUCCCAAGAAGAGACCAUCUGCGCUAGAGCUUUUGAAGCAUCCUUUUAUUGAGCGCUACGUCGGGCAACAGCAAAACGUCGAGCUUCGCAAGCCGCUGAUAGAGAAAGUUCGCGAAGUGAUUGCUAAGAGAGCAUUCAUCAAGAAGCGUGGUAGACCAAAAGCAGGAAGAACAUUGAUGACGGUAACUGCCCAAGUGCAGGUGGAUAAGACCUUACAAGAUGACAUCAGAAGGGUUACGGGCACCCCUGAUCGUCACGAUUCUGGGGAUCGCCUCGUUCCUGUUGAUGCUCCAGGAAAGCCACGCGGGAUGUCUGACUCUUCUGUCACAAGUCAUGGAACCGUUGUCAUUCAUUCUGAAGAGGAGUUUGAUCAGUCAUACACAGAUGAGGCAAGUGGGACAAUGGUGAUACAUCGGGAGCAGGAACACGUGGAUAUUCGUCUGGAUACGGCCAAUGUGAAGGACAUGGACAGUGCUGGAACUUUUGUAAUUCGCUCUGAAGAGGCAGAAGUGGAUAUCCGCUUGCGAGGUGCUUUGAUGGACACCAUGGUGAUUCAUCAGGAUCACUCUCACGUCGAUGUAAAGUUGAAGGAGCACGAAGCGGAUGCGGAUGUAGAGAGUGAUGAAGAGGCCCAUGACGAUGAUAAUCCGGACGAGCCCCUGGAUGCAGAGUACCUGAUCACCGGCGGUGACCGCGCCGGCAGGAAAGGCUCUGGUCUUGAGGAAUCUGGCGGUGUCCGGUACGCGCGCAGAUUAUCAGAUGCUACCGACGAUGAACACAUUCUGUUUGCAACCCGAAAACCGAAAUCGAAUGUUGCAACUAAACUACGUAAGCGCCUUGAAAAGUUUAGGAAGACGCUGAAAGGCAAUGUAGCUGGAGUAGAGGAAUCCGGUGAUGAAAGAGAAUAUCUCGAAAUGUCUCAAAAUGGCCGCUCCGAGGAUCGUGGGAAGAGCCGGAGUUUGGGAGAAAAAGAGUCUCCCAUUAUGGCGGAGCGCACCACACGACCCCUCACGUAUUAUAAAGAUCGACCGUCUAGACCUAAUCUCGGUGGAUCCAUCCCGUUUGGGGCAGAUGAGCUAUUGACUGGCAAAAAGCGAGCUAAUAGUGCAGGAAGCGAUGAACAACCCAUAACUCGUCUGUCUCGGGGUACACGAUCAGAGAGCGUCUCUUCCGCUGAAGACCCGCGAAGUUCAACCGAUACUGCCACCACUGCUUUCUCCGUUUCUUCUUCGUCGGGUGCGGAAGAUGGCGUGGCCUUGCAAAAGCGUGCCUUGUCCAAGUUUUAUGAGGUUGUAUUUGGUAUGCGAGCUGCUUCCGAAGAUCCAUCCGAAAUGAGCUUAAAAGCGAACGGAAAGCAAAGCGUGGGGGAACGAAGCGGGAGUGUGGGAACUAGUUUCAGCGACGCCAAAGGGCCAACUCGGCCACGAUCCAUCUCUUCCGUGAGUCUGGGGCGGGUGGAUGGAGAAAUCGACGUGAACAAGCUGGUUCGUAUCCAUGACGAGCUGAUAAAAGAGAUUGAGCAAGCGAAACGCGGCGGUGGACGAUGGUGGAAGGCCGCCAAUCGGGACAUUCCAGAGAGGUCGAUUCAGGCAAUGCAGGGUGCUGCCAAUGGGUCAGCUGUCAUUGAUGAGGACGAUAAAUAUCUGGAAGGGAAGGAAGAGUUGGUGACGGGUUGGGCGACACGUAUCCCAUGGGUCGGCUACACGACGGCAGUGGUGAUCGGACAAACGAUCGUGCUAGGGUGGAAAAUCGGAAGAGUCUUGUGGAAAGAGUUUCGUAUGAACAUUUGGGUUCACAGUUUCUACCUCAUUCUUUUGGUCAGUUUGAUCUGGGCAAAACCAUUUUCAUUACAAUAGACGGAUUGGGUCAUCACGACCAUAGGACGAUUUCGAGAAGUAGAUGGGGGAGGUACCUAUUAUUGUACGAGUGUUUAUAUCCUGUAUAUUUUAGCAGCUACUUUUAUUUUUUUUUUGCAUCAAGGAUGGGCGAAGAUGGGUCAGCUCUGGAGCUGUGUAUAGAUUGUCACUGGCGCACUGUUUCAUUUUAUCAUAAUACAAUCACCUCAUAGUGGAAAGGGAGA